AUGGUUUUCUUUUGUUCCCAGCAAAUCACAGCUCUGAAGAAAGAGAACUUUAACCUGAAGCUGCGUAUUUACUUCAUGGAGGAGCGCAUGCAGCAGAAAUGCGAUGACUCCACUGAGGACAUUUUUAAAACGAACAUUGAGCUGAAGGUGGAGUUGGAGUCAAUGAAGAGAGAGCUGGCGGAGAAACAGGAGCUGCUUGUCUCUGCGUCUAAAGCACUGGAAAGUUUGGCUGGUAGAGAAUCAGGGGAACCCCAGCGGGUGAGAGAGCAAGCUCAGAGGGAGAUGGACGCACUCAGAGAGGCAUUUAACAGGAGGAUUGCUGACCUGGAACAGAGUCUCCAAACCGCAGAAGAGGAAGUUGAGAAGAUGGCAUCCAUUGCUGAGCAGGAGAAGCUUAGGAAUAUAAACAUGGAGAAGCAGCUCCAACUCCUCGCUCCACCAAAUGCCUUCACCCCUGAUAAUGUCCUCAGUCCAGUCCAGGAACUGCAGCAGGCUCUGCAGGAGAAAGACGACAUCAUCAAGCAACUCAAGAUCACUUUAACGAACCAGGAAGCUAUGAUCCAUCAGAAAGGCAGCGGAGACCAACAAACGGAUGCACUUACAGCCAAACAGCUGUCUGACCUCAUCGCAGAGAAGGACGAGGAACUUAAGGCGCUGAGAGACGAGUUACACAGAGAGCAGGACAAAACGCAGCCAGAGCAGCAGGUUGGUGGUUUUUGGACCUAUCCACUCAAGAUCACUGUGAAGUUCUGUUGA